GCGAGCUCAGUCAGGUUCUCGCUGUUCCUGUCCUUGCACUCUUUUUUGCACUGUUGUACUCAGCGUCUGCGUUCCUGCUUUUUGAUAGAGGUCGAGUUGUCUGAAGACAGUGCUACACACUUUCAUUUGCACCUUUCACCGCUUUGCCGCCACACGCUCCUUCCUCUCUAGAAGUCCCACCGUCCCACCCGUUCGUCUGCUUCACCGAGAGGCCGCCGCUAUGGUUUACAUCACGUCGGACCUCUUCGGUCCUGUCGACACACACAGCCAAUCUCAACACCACUGGCACAUCAUGACGGAAUCGCAUCACGACCCGGCGAGUCUGGGGAAGAGGAAAAGAAGCCUCGACGGAGACGCAACACAUAACAGUCGAGCACCUCGUCCUCAGCAUACGUCAUCUUUCGAUCGAAACAUCGACCACACGUACUCGCCGCACGCAAUGGGGCCUCGCCCACUUAAGCAGAUAAAGCGCCUCAGUCCAAUGUUCGCCGCUGUCAAAUCGACGUCACACCUCAUGGACACCGAGAACAGCACAAGCCCAGCAAGUGGCUUCACGAACAUCGAAGUCCCAUCGCCCGCCGUCAACGAUCUGCGAGCAUGCCAUGCAUGCAAGUCAGCACCAAAACGCAAAAAGGACCUCGAGAACUAUAUGGAUUGCAAACGCUGCGUCGGUCGAACAUGUUACAUUUGCGCAAGACAAUGCCUGGGUGGGUGUGGGAGGAAAGUCUGCAGAGAAUGCACUGCGGAAGUGGGGCAAGAGAGAGACUCGUGGUGUCUGGAUUGCCUACAGCAGGAGCAGUAUAUGAAGUGAGCUAACGAACGGUUCGAUACGAUAUCAGGGACAAGGGUGGAAGAACUUGGCAUUUAUCAUUUCUUAACGUGGCAUAUUGAGCGUUUGGGACAGUAUCAACUUAUUGGGAUUCCUUUUGAAUGUAUGGCGUAAAGGAGCGAAAGAUAGUGGGUCUAUUGUAACGAAAAUGCAGUGCGGCUGUCUCAAGCGUCUUCACCUAGUUUGUUGGAUCGUGACAGCGCUCUCGAGCCCAAGAAAAAUGUGAAGGUUACAAGCAGAAGGCUAGAUCACGCUGCACAAGUAUUAACACAUGGCUGUCACAAUCAGCAGCGGUCACAAGCAGUGGCUUGUCUAUUUA